AUGAGUCCCUCAUCCUUCUCCUUCGCUCCUCCAUCCAACCUUCUGGCUCAACUUAGCCACACUGCCACCAUUUUAACAAACAGGCAGUUUAGAGCAACCUCACUCGACACCACCGACAAUCCCCACUUUGAGGAUCCCGUUGGAGAGAUAGCUACAGCUGGAGAUGAUGAACCGUUUGUGUUGAAAUGCCACGAGGACAGCAUUGAGGUCGUGAUGAGAGCUCAGCUGUUUGACCCCGGCCUUCCAGCAGAGCCCAUGCGGCUGAGGCUCGGACCUGCCAGGGAUGUGCAGGAUCGCUGCAUCGCCAGGGUGUCUGGAAAUGGAGAGUACAUCAUCAGAGCUCCACUGGCCGAGUGUGGGAACAAAGUGAUGUUUACAGAGAGCGCUGUGCUUUACAGCAACCUGCUCCUCUACUAUCCUCCUCCAUCGUCACCUGGCGUCCAAGUGGAGGGCGCUGCCAUUUCGGUGCAGUGCGAAUACAAAAGGAGAUACACAGUGAGCAGCAGUGCACUAAGGCCAACCUGGAGCCCCUUCACCUUCGUCCAGUCGGCUCAUCUCGACCUCGAUUUCCACCUCAGGCUCAUGACAGAUGACUGGAACAGUGAGAGACCAUCGUCCGUCUAUUUUCUAGGUGACACGGUCAACAUCGAGGCCUCCGUAGACCACCGUCAUCUUCCUCUCCGCCUGUUUGUGAGCAGCUGCGUGGCCACUCUGACCUCUGACGUGAAUUCUUACCCCAGAUAUCCCUUCAUAGACCACCAGGGAUGUUUCACGGAUUCCCAGCUGAGUGGCUCCAAUUCUCGUUUCCUGCCCCGAGUUCACAACAAUCUUCUCCAGAUUCAGCUCGAGCCUUUCCUCUUCCACCAGGACCCCAGACACACUAUGUACAUCACGUGUGACCUGGAAGCCGAGCCAAAGAAUAACCCGGUGAAAAGGGCCUGUUCUUUUAUAAGUGACAGGUGGAGAUCAGUGGAUGGUAACGACCAGGCGUGUGAGAGCUGCGAUGACGCCAUCAGCAGUACUGAAUCCAGCCACAAGGUGGUGCAAAGGAGCAGAAGAGAGCCCAACG